GAUGAUCUGCCGCCGCUGCCUCUGCUCUAGUCGGAAGUCGGCUGGCAGUCAGUCCUGGUGAUUUGCCGACGAUAGACCCGUUAGAAACAUUGGCUGGUGUGUCGCGCGAGAGACUGUGGCCGUGUACGAGAGACAGUAACCGCGUACGAGAGACAGUAACCGCAUACAAGAGACAGUAACCGCAUACAAGAGACAGUAACCGCAUACAAGAGACAGUAACCGUACACGAGAGAGAGAGAGAGACAGUAACCGUAUACGAGUAAUAGUAAUCGGUAAAUAAUGACCGUGUUGUGCCGUAUGAAGCCUUAAAGGAGAUAAUGAACCAUUUGAAAAGAAGAAAUUCAAUUAUGUCUCUCCGUUACAGAAUUGUCUUUUGAGAGAGAGAGAGAGAGAGAGAGAGAGAGAGAGAGAGAGAUAGAGAGAGACAGAGAGAUAAUUUCCUCUCGUUAGUAGUGUAGUGGAGUGAGGGAGACAUCGGUGUGUGUGUGUGUCGUGGAGGAGGAGAGAGGAGAGCAAGGAAGUGAAGAAGAAGAAGAAUAAGAAGAAAAAGGGUUUAGUGUAAGCGAAGAGAAGGUGUAGGAGGGAGGGAGGAGAGGAAGGGAGAAGUUCCAAGGAAGAAGAAGAAUAGGAGGAGGAGGAGGAGGAAGAAGAAGAAGACUGUCUGGUGUUGACCUAUAUCUUCCUAAGCCGUCUCACUCACCAUGAUCCUCCACAACACAACGCCCUAACCUAACCCACUACAUCUCAGGCGUGAUGUUGUGGCGUGUGAUGGUGGUGGCGGUGGCGGCGGCGGGGUGUGGCGGGGUGAUAGAGGCGGUGGAGAUGAAGGACACCAUCAAGGACCUGUACGAGGCGCCGCCAGAGGGCCAACAAGGCAGACUCUUCCUCAACUACGACCAAGCGGCGGCCUUCAACACCUCCGUCGCCUUCACCAUCCCGCUCUUCUCCUUCACCCUCCCCGGGGCAGGAGACACCACGGCCGCUGGUCUAGACACUCAGUCCUUCGGUGCCAUUGCCUUCAUCGCCCUCUUCCUCCUGGGUGGCCUCGGGGUGGCCAUUUACACCACGUCUCAAGGGGCCACCGGCAGACAGUUCUUCGAGGGGCAGAGUGACCUUCAGGAGUCCCUCUUGGCCAAGAUAGUGACGGAGUCGCUGGCGGGGCUGCCCAACGUGAUCGACACAAGGAGCUGCGCCCAGCUGGCCAUCUGUGGGGCCUACGCCGAGUCUUCAAGAUAUGGAUUCUUGGCCUGGCCCGUCAGGCUCCUCGUCCCGUCUCCUCACAGUGUGCCUGAAGAAGAGAUGACGGAGUACCAGAGAGCGGCGAUGUACGGCGACGAAGGCGAACAGGAUUGCCUCUACGAGUAUCCCUGUCUGGUCCAGCCGCUUGAGAUUCUCUUGUAUGUUUAUGAUUAUUGGUAUGGCGAAGACUAGAUGUGUCCCUCCCACUCCCUCCCACGACCCUCGCCCUGGGAGACGACACGACGCGACAGACUGCUGGAGUUGAUAUGAGAAGACCCCCCCCCCUCCCCCUGUCGUAAACAAUGAAACCUCUAUUUAACGGACGAUAU